UAAACAAAAAAAAUCCCACUUUGAAGUCCACCAUUCUCUCCGGUGAUCUUUCUCUCCACAAAACCCUAACCAAUCGCACAAAGUAUCCACCAAACCUCUACAAUCACCACUACAAAUCUGCUACAAUUCCGUUCAAUUCACUCAAAUGGAUCGAAAACGGACGGAGAGUCCGGUGUACACACGGCAGUGGAGCAGCACUGGUUCAUCUUCUCCGGCGAUGUCACCGGCGCAUCCGCAGUCAAGGCUAGGUCAACCUUCCGGAUACUCAACGAUUAAGCGGACGCAAAACGUUGCUGCGAAAGAAGCGGCGAAGCGUUUGGCGAAAGUUAUGGCGUCGCAGAGUACUGAGGAUGAAGAUCAGGAGGAAGAUGAGGAGCUAGGGUUCCGGUUUGCUGUUACGACGUCGUUUGGGAAGAACAGUGGUAGUAGUAAUGGUACUGUUGGCUCGUUUGGUAGAGUUAAUAGAUCGCCGUCACCGGCGUUAGGUCGGAACUUUAUGGAGCACACUUCUUCUAAUCGCUCCACGUCAGCAGGAAGGCCAUCGGUUCGCACAGGACAGAUUGUACCACCUAAUAGACCGUCUUUGAGACAACCUGAUUCCAUCACACCCUCAUUAGGACCGCCUGCUGGCAACCGACCUAGAGAAAAAAGGUUCACAACGGACAUUGGACAUGGCAAAGAUAUGGGAGAUCAGCACGAAGCAUCUGCACUUCGCGAUGAACUUGAUAUGCUACAAGAAGAGCAUGACAUUGUUAUAGAUAAGCUUCGUCGUGUAGAAGAAAAACGUGAAGAAGCAGAGGCUAGGGCAAGGGAGCUGGAGAAACAGGUGGCUUCUCUAGGAGAAGGGGUAUCUUUGGAGGCUAAGUUGUUGAGCAGGAAAGAAGCAGCAAUACGUCAAAGAGAGGCUGCUUUAAAAGCUGCACAACAAACAAGAGAUGGAAGAGAUGUAGAAGUUUCGAAUCUACGUGCAGAACUUGAGAAAGUUAAAGAUGAGACCGCUGGUGCCAUGGAGCAGCUCAUGGAAGCUGAAUCUGAAGCAAAAGCACUUCGCACGAUGACACAAAGAAUGGUUUUGACUCACGAAGAGAUGGAGGAGGUAGUUCUAAAGAGGUGUUGGCUUUCUCGUUACUGGGGUUUAGCUGUACAGCAUGGUAUUUGUGCUGACAUAGCUGGGUCAAAGCAUGAGCAUUGGUCAUCAUUUGCACCCCUGCCAUUUGAAGUUGUCAUUUCAGCUGGUCAAAAGGCGAGGGAUGAAUCUUGGCAUGUUGGUGAAGAUGAUUCUGACAGGAGAAAAGUCGUUCGUGAUAUAAAUGACUUAACCGGGGAAGGAAAUAUUGAGAGUAUGCUUUCAGUUGAUAUGGGUUUGAGGGAAAUGGCAUCCUUAAAGGUAGAAGAUGCUGUUGUGCUGGCAUUGGCCCAAAAACGUCGUCCGAAUUUAGUACGGCAGUCUGUUCCUGAUCUGAAAUCCCCUGGUGAUACAAAGUUUGUGGAGGGAUAUGAGUUGAGUCUUGAGGAAGCUGAAGAUGUUUCUUUUAAAGAGGCUUGGCUUACGUAUUUUUGGAGAAGAGCCAAGGUUCAUGGUGUGGAAGAGGAUAUUGCUGAAGAUCGGCUUCACUUUUGGAAAAGCCGUAGUGCGACAUCUCCCACUUCUCAUGAUGCUGUUGACGUUGAGCGAGGGCUAACAGAAUUGAGGAAGUUGGGGAUAGAACAGCAGCUCUGGGAAGCGUCUCGAAAGGAAAUCGACCAAUCAUCUUCAUUUCCAGUUGAAAAUUCUAAAGAAUCUGCAGAAGAAGAUGCCUCCUUGUGAUUCUCCUUUUUUUUCAUGUUCAUUUCUUUUAUUUUUUUUUAUUAAAAAAACUAAAUUUUGCUGUUUUGAGUGUUAAUAUAUGAACUGUGAAUCUGUGAAGUAUGUGUAUAAUUGGUUGGAUGGUGAUGCAGCUUAGAUAUAGUGUCUUCCCACUGCAUUUGAGAGCAGCACAAUAGUGUGUAUUUAUGUUGUACAGUACAGGUUUAUAAUACAUUUGGGUUGAGCAAUUUUUGUACGAA